GUUGAAUGAUCGGCACUACUAUUUUAUCGAUAGUGUUAUAAAAAAAGACAGUGAUUUGACUCGACGAGCAGAAUGAACGUCGAGGAAAACAGGCUCAGGACGUUUCGUGGCAAGUGGCCGGCCAACGCCGCUGUCGAUCCAACGCGUCUCGCAAAAGCGGGAUUCUAUUACACUGGACAUGACCUAGAGGUUCAAUGUUUUUUUUGUGGCACGAGGAUAUCUGACUGGAAUUAUGGUGAUCAUGCUAUGGUUCGUCAUCGAACGAAAGCGCCCAAAUGCCCUUUCGUUCUUGCACCAACCAAUACUAUCAACAUUCCCUUCAUACCUGGGACAGCCGAAAACGCGGCUGCAGAAUCAUCAACACAUCAACAGUCGCCAGCUACGGAUCACCCGCAGCGAUCCAGCAGUGUCGAAGACGAUCUGAGCUUACCACAAAGGUCUGUAGAUCCCCUUAAGGUUAUGGAAUACAGUAACCUUGUAGAAAGGAUAGUGUCAUUUCAAAAGUGGCCAAAAACAAGUAUUAUCCAUCCACACAAGUUGGCCAUGGCAGGGUUUUAUUAUCUUCAAAGGGAAGAUAUGGUGGAAUGCGCAUUUUGCAAAGGUGUCAUGAUGAAUUGGAAACCUGGUGACAAUCCGGAUAGUGUGCACAGAUUGAAUUUUCCAAAUUGCGAUUUCUAUAUGAGACUACAACCAGUAGAAGAGUUAUUUGGAUUUGUCUGUGUCAUGCCUGAAAGUCGAACAGAUAUGCCAGGAAUACAGAUACAUAAGACACCCCAAAGACCAGGAUUCACAAUGUAUGAAAAAAGGUUGCAGACCUUUAAGGGAUGGCCAAAAAACCUUAACCAAACUCCAGAAAUGUUAGCUGAGGCUGGAUUCUAUUAUAGCGGCUACGAAGAUCAAGUUAGAUGUUUUCAUUGUGAUGGAGGAUUACGAAAUUGGCAACCAACUGAUGAUGUAUGGGUUGAACAUGCACGAUGGUUCUCAAGUUGUUUCUUUGUAAAUCUUGUACGUGGAAAAGACUUCGUCAAAUAUUGUGUUGAUAAUAGAAAUUUCGAUCUUUCGAUUAUCACUGGCAUGCCAGAAGAUAGUGCCACAGAGUCUUCAGUUGAAUCUGUUUCAACUUCACAAAAUAGCAAACCAGACAAUACAAUAGCAUCUGCCACAGAUAUCAUAGAAACUUCAGGUGCAUCUGUUUCCACAGUUUCGCAAUCUAGUGAACCAAGUACACCAGUAGAUCCUACAAGAACUAUGGUUGCAUCUCUUUCGGCAGUUUUACAAUCCAGUGUAUCAAUAACAAAUGCAGAGGUUGAGAAACUUUUAGAAACAGCUCCAGCUAAGGCUGCUCUUGAAAUUGGGCUACAAGUAGAUAGAGUCAAGAGAGCUCUGAAGAACAGAAUGGAAAGAGUUGGCAUACCAUAUAGUGAUGUUGCACAACUUAUACAAGAUGUUUUACACCAACAAGUUAUGGAAGAGAGUAAUAGCCUUGAUAACAGCACUUCUAACUCACCUACUUCAGAAUUGAAUAAUUUGUUUAAUCAAGUUACUAUACAAAUGACAAAUAAUUCUGCAAAUAAAAAUAGUACACAAGCAUCUGACUCUGUGUUUGAAAGAAAUCUCGAAAAGAAAAAAACGGAUAACGAAUCAGAUGAUCUUAUGGCUUUGCAAGAGGAAAACAGAAAGUUGAAAGAGGCUCGUUUAUGCAAAGUUUGUAUGGAUCACGAACUAGCCAUAGUAUUUUUACCUUGUGGACAUUUAGCAACAUGUAGCAACUGCGCACCGGUUUUUGCGAGGUGUCCAUUAUGUAGAUUCAGGAUUCAUGGUUAUGUUCGUAUUUUCUUGUCCUAAAGUAAAUUAUUCAUAUAAAUCUAAUACCAGGUUA